AUGGACCUCCCUGACCCCGCAGGUCCCGCCGACCUCCCCAAGCACAUCCUGGACAUCUGGGUCAUCGUCUUGAUCAUCCUGGCCACCAUCCUCAUCAUGACGGCCCUGGUGCUCUGCCCAGCCACUGCCGUCAUCAUCUACCGGGUACGGACUCACCCCACGCGCAAUGGCAUCGUGUGAGGCAGAGGCGACAAGGGACGGCCAGCUCGCCGGGCAGGGGGCCACAGCCGUGGGACCCUGUGCCGGGGACCCCGCAGAGCCUGAUGGGGCACCCUGAGAGGUGGGGAGAGACGGGCAGGAGCCAGGGUGGAUCAGCACCCGGACGCCUGUCCCUGUACCUGGCUCUCGCUGGGUGAACCCACUGCCUCCUAUUUACUCACCGAGCUCACGGGGACCGUCGGGGAGAUGGCAGCCUGGGCACCAGCGGGAAGAUGUCUGACUUUGCGGAUGUGUCCAGCUAGAAACGACUCCCUCCCGUGAGGCAGGCAGGCUGGUCUCGCCUUCGCUGGCGACCCCGUCUCCUCCCAGGCAAGCGGCAAGGAGUGGAAGUGCCCAGCAAAGUUAUUUCUUCUUUGGAGUCCCAGCUGUCGGGGUGGUUGGGAAAGAAGGGUCAAAGCAAGCUGGAUGUGGCUUCUGGUUGUGCAUUCAGAGACUCGGCUAAAAGCAUCGGUGACAGAGCCCGUCCUGGCUGCACAGCAGAUGUGCAGCUGCACUGGCUUCUCCUCUACCAGAUAUCUGCUGAAAUUGUAGGAAAACCCUAUGGGACGGCCAGUUCCUCUGGGUUUCAUGGGGCAGAGGAGCGCAGGCAGCUCCUGCCAGCCUGCCUGCCCGCACAUCGGCUGCGCCGGGUCCCCCUGCCGAUGGCGAGGGCCCUCACUGCUCACCCGGCAUGCCGGCCCCGUUGGGGGGGUCUGUGCGCCCCUCGCCUGGGCAGGCAAAGCGGGAAGAGCAGAGGGGUUCGUGCCCAGGCAGUGGCAAGGGACCAUGUAAGCUCUUACAU